CCCAUGUGCUGGACCCGGAAGUUCAGUGGCUGCGCUCGAUUCUAAUCGGAUCGACACCGGCUCCAUGGAGGCGAAGCCGGGCCCGGCCUCCGCUUCCCUGUCCCCGGAACUGGCCGCCUUCCUCCAGCAACACCCGGCGCUGCAGCCCGGCCACGACAACCGGGUGAAAUGUUCUCUGACCGGGCAUGAGUUGCCAUGCCGAUUGGCAGAUCUGCAGGCCUACACCAAGGGCAAGAAAUACCAGCGCCUGUCAAUGAAGGAGCCAUUUAACUACAGUCAGUAUGAGCCACACAUCGUCCCCAGUACAAAAAAUCCGCAGCAGCUGUUUUGUAAAUUGACAAUCCGCCACAUUAACAAGAUUCCGCAACAUAUUCUUCGUCAUGUGAAUGGGAAACGCUACCAAAGAGCACUGAAGAAAUUCAACGAGUGCACUGCUCUUGGCGUCCCCUUCGUCCCAGCGUGCCUGUCACAGAAGAAAAAACGGAAUCGGGAAUCCAACAGAGAGGAGCCUUAUCAUAAUCAGAAGACAUUCUGGGCGCCGGACGAGAGUGAAGGAAGUGAGAGUGACAACUCGGAUGACAGUAUGAGUGACCUGUAUCCAGAACAUCUCUUUAGCAGAAAAGACGACUCAAGGACAGAGUUGCUGCUGAACAAGGGGCAUAGUGACAGUGAGAAGAUGGAGGUCGAGACACAAUUGCCAAGGAAACGGAAAAAGACACAUCCACACCCAUUUACAAAGAAGAAAUUGAAGGAAGGGGCCCCUCAAAGACCCAACAGCCGUGGCAAGUUUAAGACGAGUCAGAAAGCUGGAAAUCGGAACUGAUUCUUGGAACAGCUCAACUCUUCUACGCAAGUCUGGUGUGACAUGCUGCGUGUUAACUGUACAGUUCAAUUUGUAUUUGUUCAGAAAGUAAACCAUAUCUGAAACA